AUGAAUUCAGAUGUGGGAUGCAGACACUGGUCAGCCAUUGUCCCAAUAUAUGGAGCACCAAAAGAGAGCUUGGUCUGUUCAUUUUUCUCUGUCAGACCCAAAAAUGUUUGCUAGUGGAAGUGAUGACUGCUCUGUCAAACUGUGGAAUAUCAGCGAGAAAAAUUCUCUGGGAACCAUCUGGAACCCUGCCAAUAUAUGCUGUGUUCAGUUCUCUUCUUACUCAACAAAUCUUUUAUUUUUUGGAUCAGCUGAUUACAAGGUUUAUGGUUAUGAUCUUCGUCACACUAGGAUUCCGUGGUGCACAUUAGCUGGUCAUGGCAAAGCUGUUAGUUAUGUAAAAUUUAUAGAUGCUGAAGCAGUUGUCUCUGCUUCCACUGACAACUCCUUGAAGCUUUGGGACCUGAAGAAAACCAGCUCUUCUGGUUUGUCAUCUGAUUCUUGUGUCUUAAAUUAUAAAGGUCAUAGUAAUGAAAAGAAUUUUGUGGGAUUAUCUGUUUUGGAUGGAUACAUUGCAUGUGGUUCAGAAUCUAAUGAGGUGUACUGUUAUCACAAAUCACUGCCAGUGCCAAUUGCUUCUCACAAAUUUGAGUCAAUUGAUCCUAUUUCUGGUCAUCUAAAUAGUGGUGAUAAUAGUGGACAGUUUGUUUCUAGUGUUUGCUGGAGAAACAAAUCUAACAUGCUUGUUGCGGCCAACUCAGUUGGAAUUGUGAAACUGUUGCAGAUGGUCUGACAGAAAAGAUAAAAUAUUAAGUUGAGAUACUGAACCUGGAAAGCUUUCAUUUCUUGACUGCAUAAUUUGUUUAGUAUCCUUCAAAAGAUUAAGUUUGUGUUUUAUUUGAGAUAAAAUCUCAUGCUUCAAUGAUUAAAAGGGUAUAAAGCU